AUGAACUCCUGCAUCAUCGUAAUGAGGCUCCUGCUGUCUGGGCCUUUUCUCUUUGCCCCCGCCUCAGGCUACAACUUGGAAGUGCGGCACGUGCAAAACUUCUCCUUCCCACUCGCUGGGAGGCAUUUUGGGUACCGCGUCCUGCAGGUUGGAGACAGGGUUAUCGUGGGAGCUCCAGGUGAGGGGAACAGCACGGGAAACCUCUAUCAGUGCCAGCCAGACACUGGCCACUGCCUUCCAGUCAGCCUGAGUGGUUCCAACUAUACCUCCAAGUACUUGGGGAUGACCUUGGCGACAGACUCCACAAGUGGAAAUCUUUUGGCCUGUGAUCCUGGGCUGUCUCGUAUGUGUGACCAGAAUGUCUACCUAAGUGGCCUGUGUUACCUUUUCCACCAGAAUCUGAGGGGUCCUGUGCUGCAAGGGCGCCCUGGUUAUCAGGAAUGUAUAAAGGGCAACGUGGACUUGGUAUUUCUGUUUGAUGGUUCAAUGAGCUUGCAGCCAGAUGAAUUUCAGAAAAUUCUGGACUUCAUGAAGGAUGUGAUGAAGAAGCUCAGCAACUCUUCCUACCAGUUUGCUGCUGUUCAGUUUUCCACGGACUGCAAAACAGAAUUUAAUUUCUUGAAAUAUGUUAAGGUGAAGAACCCUGAUGUUCUGCUGGGCAAAGUAGAACACAUGCGCCAGUUGACCAACACCUUUGGUGCCAUCAACUACGUCGCGACAGAGGUGUUCCGGCAAGACCUGGGGGCCCGGCCAGAUGCCACCAAAGUGCUUAUCAUCAUCACUGAUGGGGAAGCCACGGACCACGUCAACAUUGACUCAGCCAAAGACAUCAUCCGCUACAUCAUUGGGAUUGGAAAGCAUUUUGCAACCAAGGAAAGUCAGGAAAGGCUCCACGAAUUUGCCUCAAAACCUGCGAAGGAUUUUGUCAAGAUUUUGGACAAGUUUGAGAAGCUUAAAGAUCUGUUCACUGAGCUGCAAAAGAAGAUCUAUGUCAUAGAGGGCACAAGCAAACAGGACCUGACAUCCUUCAACAUGGAGCUGUCCUCCAGUGGGAUCAGCGCUGACCUCAGCCACGGCCAUGGCAUCGUGGGGGCUGUCGGAGCCAAGGACUGGGCUGGGGGCUUUCUAGACCUGGAGGCAGACCUGCAGGAUGAUAGAUUUGUUGGGAAUGAACCACUGACACCAGAAGCUAGGGCAGGAUAUUUGGGUUACACAGUGACCUGGCUGCCCUCCCAAAGGCUCACUUCCCUGCUGGCCGCUGGAGCCCCCCGACACCAGCAUGUGGGGCGGGUGCUGCUGUUCCAGAAGUCAAAGGACAGAGGACACUGGAACCAAAUCCAGAAGAUAGACGGGAGCCAGAUUGGCUCUUACUUUGGUGGCGAGCUGUGUGGCAUUGACAUGGACCAAGAUGGGGAGACAGAGCUGCUGCUGAUCGGAGCCCCCUUGUUCUAUGGGGAGCAGAGAGGAGGCCGGGUGUUUAUCUACCAGAAAAAACAGCUGGGGUUCGAAGUGGUCUCAGAGCUGCAGGGGGACCCUGGCUACCCGCUUGGGCGAUUCGGAGCAGCCAUCGCGGCCCUGACGGACAUCAAUGGGGAUGCGCUGGCGGACGUGGCGGUGGGGGCCCCUCUGGAGGAGCAGGGGGCUGUGUACGUCUUCAACGGGCAGUACGGGGGGCUUAGCCCCCGGCCGAGCCAGCGGAUUGAAGGGACCCAGGUGUUCUCAGGAAUUCAAUGGUUUGGACGCUCCAUCCAUGGGGUGAAAGACCUCGGAGGAGAUGGCCUGACAGAUGUGGCUGUGGGAGCUGAGGGGCAGGUGAUCGUGCUCAGCGCCCGGCCUGUGGUGGAUGUCCUCACUCAGAUAUCCUUCUCCCCGGCGGAGAUCCCAGUGCAUGAAGUGGAAUGCUCCUAUUCAACCAGUAACAAGAAGAAAGAAGGAGUUAACAUCACAGUGUGUUUCCAGGUCAAGCCUUUCACCCUCCAAUUUCAAGGGCUCCUGGUUGCCAACCUCACUUACACUCUGCAGCUGGAUGGCCAUCGGACCAGAAGCCGGGGGCUGUUCCCAGGAGGGAGACAUGAACUCAGCGGGAACGCAGCGGUCACUGGAGACCCGACCUGCACCAAGUUCUGGUUCCACUUCCCGGUGUGCAUUCAAGACCUCAUCUCUCCCAUCAACGUCUCUCUAAAUUUCUCUCUCUGGGAGGAAGAAGGGACACCGAGGGACCAACAUACGCAGGGCAAGGACAUACAGCCCAUCCUGAGACCCUCACCGCACGCAGAGGCCAAGGAGAUCCCUUUUGAGAAGAACUGUGGGGAGGACAAGAAGUGUGAAGCAGACCUGGGGCUGUUGUUCUCCUCCGAAGGAUCCAGCGUCCUGCGUCUGACCCCCUCCGCCAGCUUCUCUGUGGAGCUGAUACUGAAUAACUUGGAAGAGGACGCGUACUGGGUCCACCUCCACCUGAGCUUCCCCCAGGGACUCUCCUUCCGCAAAGUGGAGAUGCGCCAGCCCCACAGCCAGAUACCUGUGAGCUGCGAGGAGCUUCCCGAGGUAUCCGAGCUUCUGACCAGGAUCCUCUCUUGCAAUGUGAGCUCUCCCAUCUUUAAAGCAGGUAGCUUGGUUGCCAUCCAGGUGAUGUUUCAUACGCUGCUGAACAGCUCCUGGGGGGACUUUAUCGAGCUGCACGCCAAUGUGAGCUGUGACAAUGAGGACUCAGACGUCUUGGGGAACAACUUGGCCACCACCAGCAUCCCCGUCCUGUACCCCAUCAACAUCCUCACUGAGGACAAGGAAACCUCCACACUGUAUGUCAGCUUCACCCCCAAGGGCCCCAAGAGACACCUUGUCAAACACUUCUACCAGGUGAGGAUUCAGCCUUCUGUCUAUGACCACAACGUGCCCACCCUGGAGGCCUUGGUUGGGGUGCCAGGGCCUCACAGCGAGGGGCCCAUCACACACAAGUGGAGUGUGCAGAUGGAGCCUGCUGUGACCUGCCAUCCUGAGGAUCUCGAGAGGCUGCCCAGUGUGGCUGAGCCUUGUUUGCCCAGAACCAAGUUCCACUGCCCACUUGUCUUCAAAGAGGAGAUCCUCGUCCAAGUGAACGGGACUGUGGAGCUGGUGGGAGAGAUCAAGGCCCCCUCCGUGUUCAGCCUCUGCAGCUCCCUCUCCAUCUCCUUCAACAGUAGCAGGCAUUUCCACCUCUACGGCAGCAAUGCCUCACUGGCCCAGGUCGUCAUGAAGGUUGACAUCAUCUACGAGAAGGAAAUGCUCCACGUGUACGUGCUGAGCGGCAUCGGGGGGUUCCUGCUGCUGCUGGUGAUUUUCGCUGUCCUCUACAAGUUUGGCUUCUUCAAACGGAACCUGAAGGAGAAGAUGGAGGCUACUGCAGAAGCUUCCAAUGGAAUCCCUAGAGAAGACUCUGAGAAGCCAGUGUCCAAGGAAGAGGCUGGGGACCCGGGCUGCCUGGAACCCCUCCACGAGGAGGAGGCCCAGGAUGGAGACGGCAAAGACUGA